CAGGGUACCAGCAGUAAACAUGGCGGAGGAACUGCUGGAAACAGUGGAGAGACUUCAGUCCCGGCUCCUGGAGACUCCGGAGCCUCGAAAGCUGCUGAAGACUCUCAAAAGACUGGGGGAGCUCCCGAUGACCGUGGACAUACUGGUGGAAACUGGAGUGGGAAAGACUGUGAACUCUUUCAGGAAACAUGAAGCAGCGGGAGAGGUGGCGAAAAGCCUCGUAGCCAAAUGGAAGAAACUGGUUCCUCAGUCUGCAGACAGACCCAACAGUCACGCCAAAGAAGCCUCCCGGUCACAUGCACACUCUCGAGGCCACGAGGGCGGAGGAGGAGGAGGAGGAGGAGGAGGAGGAGGAGAAGGAGGAGGCCACCGACGUCCCAGAGACCCUUCACCUGAAGAGGAAGAGGAGGAGGAGCACUCCUACAUGGAGGUGGAGGAGGAGGAGGAGGAAGAGGAGAGGGGCUACCACACCAACUACUCCCCUUCGCCUCCUCAACACGAGCAGUACAGCCCCCCACACCCGGGAGGCUAUCAGUCCGAGGAGUUCGAGAGCCCCGAGCCCAGCCCUCCUCCUCCUCCGCCUCCGCCUCCUCCUCCCCGCAAAGACGUCCGCCACGUUAAACCCAACAAGGAGGCCGGCAGGAACCACCACAGCGACCGCAGCAGGGACGAGGAGCGGCGGCAGCGUCACGCUCAGGGUGGCGGCGACGCGAAGAAACGCAGCGGCGACAAAGACAGGCAGCAGAGUCCGGUUCUGAAGGCCGCCAAGCACAGCAGGAAGUCGAACACGCAGGACGGACGGAGGGAGGAGAAGAAGAAGGCCGGAGACGACGGGCGACCACGAGCGCCGAAGGACUCUCCGUCUAAGGAGGAGGAGGAAUACUUCGAGACGCCCACCAUGUCCUUCGAGUCCUUCCUCACGUACGACGCCCCGACGUCCGUCAAGAAGAAGAAGAAGCCGCUGCCGACGUCGUCGUCUUCGUCACACAGCCGACCGUCUCACUCCUCCUCCUCCACGUCGUCAUCCCAUCGCGCCCGAACGCCUCCGCCUGCGUCCUCCUCCUCUUCCUCCUCCUCUUCCUCCAAAGUGAACAAGGCCAACGGCGCUCAGGGCACCAAGAGGCCACAUUCAGGCUCAUCGGCAGCACCGACGCCGGAAAAACGCAAAAGGGAGAGACAGGUUGUCGAGGCGGUUCCGACUCUCCCUGAAUUCUCUCUGCCAGCGAUCCAGCCCAACUACAGACCUCUGCCCUCCAUCGACGUCACGCCGCUUUCUCCUCAGAGACGCAAAGUUCCCGUCUGCAACGAUGAGGAGGACGCAGGCUUCACAGGGAAGCGGUUCAACUCUAAGAUGGUGGUUUACUCCGGAUCCAAGACCUCCUACCUGCCCCGGAUGAUGACGCUGUACGAGCAGUGCAUCCGGGUUCUGCAGAACAACAUCGACUCCAUCGCUGAGGUGGGAGGAGUUCCGUUUGAGAUCCUGGAACCGGUUCUGGAGCGAUGUACUCCAGAGCAGCUGUACCGCAUCGAGCAGAGCAACCAGUGUUUCACAGAGGAUUCAGACGAGCUGUGGAUGCGUCACUGUCGGCGCGACUUCAAGCGAGAAACUCCUCAGGAGUACGAGUCGUGGAGGGAAAUGUAUCUGAGGCUGCACGACGAGCGCGAGGAGCGACUGAGGAUGUUAACCCAGAACAUCACGUCUGCACACGCCAACAAACCGAAAGGACGGCAGGUUAAGAUGGCGUAUGUCAAUUCUGUCGCCAAGCCCCCACGCGACGUUCGCCGCCGACAAGAGAAGUUCGGAACCACCAGUUCAUCGACAGCCGCCUCCACUGCAGCGGCAGCGCCCAUCAAAAUAAGGGCGCCCGCCACAGACUACUCGGGUGAAUCAAGCCGCUCCUCUUCCUCCCAACUCAACCCUUCGCCUGGAUCGUCUCGCUCUUCAGCACCGAGUGGAGGAGCAGCGGCAGCAGCAGGAGGUCACGCUGCCCGGGACAAACCACAGGUCAAAAAAAUCGCCCCCAUGAUGGCCAAAACUAUCAAAGCGUUCAAGAACAGAUUCUCCCGCCGAUAGUGUGAAAGAGACUGAAUGUAUUUCAUGAAUUCCAACUGUGUUUUUAAUUUAAGUUGAGUUAAAUUUUACUGGAAACCCUCCCCCCCCUGCACACACAACCCUCCUCCACUUUGAUCUCCACCCACCAAACACACACAUGAACUUUACAGUAUUGGUGGAGCAACGGUUGGCUUCUUCUUCUUCUUCUUCUCCUUCUUCCUCCUCCUUUGUUUUGUUUUUUUGUGGUGACUUCAGUGUCGGGGUGCCGUUAAUUAAGUAUUUAAAUCCUAAAUGACGGUCAAAUGGUUUGUGUUUAGAAAAACACGUCAAGAAAGAAAAAGGAAAAAAAGACAACUUUUUACGGAACUCACAAACACACAGUCUGUUACCUUUUCUUGUUUAUCAGGAGAUGAUUUUAAACAAACUCUUGCACAUUUUUGGGGGGGAUUUACUUGUUGCUCGGAGAUAUCAGAGAAGAUCAGUGUCUCGCUGUUUCACCCGCGGCUGGCUAACGUAGCUUAGCUCAAAGACUGGAAACAGAACCUUUAAACAUGUUAUUUAUUCUGUACUCACAAGUAAAGCAACAAAAAAAAACAAACAGCAAUUUGUAGAUUUACAGGGUUAUAAGCUCUUUGGUGAAGCAGCCAACCAAGAUGUAGUCGUAUGCAAGGUUUUUAAUUUUCAAUUUCACUUUUUAACGUUGCCCUUCAGUCGGUAUUUUUAGAUGUUUUCCAAUUUUUAAACCUGCUUUUGUCUCCCCCUUCUGGCAGUCAGGGUAAUUACACAAAUACUGUCAAUUUGUGCUUUUUAAAAAGUAUGCUGAUUGAUUUGGUUUUUAGACCGUAUUCCUUCCUCUGAACUCUGAGUUUCUUUUUUAUCUGCAGCCUCAGAAACUUUUUUCUACGUAGGCUUCAUCGUACUCUGAGUUACCGCGUCUCUCCUUUUCAUUGCCAGUUGAUGCGUCGCUUUUAGUGCAAAAUACAGAGAGACAUACCUGGUGCUGAUUGGCUGAAGACAGUUUCAUACUUUCUAUGUCCACAAGUACACGAGAGCCCACUUGACAAUUUUGUCAUCUCCCCGAAUCUGCAAAAUUUGGUUUGGACGCCUACUGUGCAUGUAUGGAACUGAGUCCUUCAAGCAAACUAGAAAGUAGUAUGACAACAACUACAACAGAGUGUAGUCAAGGAUUCAGUUAGCGUAAUGUGAACUCAUUUACGCUGACUGUAACAGAUAUUGAUUUAUCCUGAACUCCAGUUUUAAGGAUGGACAUGGAAAAGCCAAGAACCUCAUGUCUACUCGUGAUUGUUUUGAAAAUGUGACACUGCAGAGGCUGGAAAUUGAGCUAAAACGUCCACCAAAUACACUCAAGUUUUGCUUUUCUUUCAUCUGUUUUAAAGAAUGAAGUAACAUCACUGCAACAGUGUCUCCUCUGAGUCUGUAAAGUGAUGAAAUUAAUCUAAACCUGCAUUCUUUCUGCCAGCCAGCAGGGGGCGACUUAUCUGACUGCAAACCAGUAUAGAUUGUAUAGAAGUCUAUGAGAAAAUUCCAACUUAAUUUAUAACCUCUGUAAACAUUUUCCAAAUGAGUUUAUGAUCUCAAUCGCUUGUUUAAAGUCCCCUUCAAUACAGCAUGAUGUUCAUUUUGGCAAAUUGUGGACUAAUUUAGAGUAAAAUAGACGAUAAAGCCCAGUACGGUUGAGGGUGAAGCUAGCUAGUGAUGGAUAAGUCACUGUCGAAUGGGUGUGCCUGGGUUCUUCCACCUCCCACUUACCACGUCCGGUUACAAAAAUCCAAAAUGGCAAUGGCUAAAUGUAAAAUGUGGGGUUUCACUAAGUAAUGUACAAACCAGUGGACAACCGUAUGCAUCUUUUGGACCUUCUGUAGAUGCAACACUGAUGCAUAACCUCAUGUAAAAUGCAAAUAUUAGUGAACUGUAGAGAUGUUCAUAGGCAGAUUUUGUCACCGUCUAACAGAAAACGAGUAGCUGUUCACCUCUGUUUCCAGUUUUUGUGCUAAGCUAAGCUAACCAGCCGCUAGCGCCCUAUUUAUCAAACAGAGACAAGAGAAGUUAGCGAUCUUCUCGUCUGAGUCUCUUCAAGAAAACAAAUGAGCAUUUUUCCCAAAGUGUCAAACAGUAAAUACUUUUAAUUUAAACAACAGUCAUUGGUUAUUUUCGUCUCCGACCAAAACGAAACACUACGUAGGAAAACUUGUUGUUCUGUCUCUUGCAUGAUGCUCGACACCCGAGACGUCAGCUGGCUGGUGGGAAACUCCGCUUUUUAAAGGAAACCAAUCAUGUUUUGCCUGGUGCAUUUCUCAGUGUGUAGGGCUGAAAUGAUAUCAAUGACUUAUUUUAACCCUGCUGUGGCUUCAGAUCAUGUUUUCCUGCUGUCGAAUGUGUGCGUCGCUGUUUCUAUCUGCUUCACUGUGACAGUUUGAACGAGAGCCGAGGAAGGAAGGUAAUGGGACGUCUGCAGCUUCAUGAUGAGGAUGAUGAUGAUGAUGAUGAUGAUGAUGAGAUGUAUUUAUUUUCAACACUGGGACCUGACACCCCACAACAUGGGCCCGAACGGAAGUAGAUUAAAAAUUGUAAUUUUAUUAGAUUUUAAUAAAUGUUAUAUGGUCAUUUUUAUUAAAAUUGACUUUUUGCCCUUAAACACUGUCAGUGUUGAAAUGUUUUUGUGAUCUGUUCAACAUAAAUCCAACCUGAGAACAUGA